AUGACAAUUUUGUAUUUCAGAGUAUACAAUCACCAUGUAUGACACGAAGAAUAAGGAGCUGCGCUGGAACGCCACCUACUACGACUAUGCAGCCACCCUGCCUGAUGAGGGUACCAAUUACAAAAUGUCACACUUUGUGUCCAAUGGAGACGGUCUGGUGGUGACUGUGGACAGCGAUUCGGGGGACGUCCUGUGGAUCCAGAAUUACGCCUCUCCGGUAGUGGCACUGUAUAUCUGGCAGAGAGAAGGCCUCAGGAAGGUCUUGCACACCAAUGUGGGAGUGGAGACCCUGCGCUAUCUCACCUUCAUGUCGGGGAGGUCGGCCGUAUCACAAAGUGGAAGUAUCCCUUUCCCAAAGAAACUGAGACCAAAAAGUAAACUGAUGUGA